GAUUUCAAAUGCGCCGCAGCGACUGGCGGACUCACAGUUCAGCGGCGGAGCAUCGAGUCAGGUCUCCGCUCGGUUCGGCGGGGAAUAGCUGGAGUUCACACCGGAUAACGACGCAGAAACACGGGAUCUACAUCCUGCACAUCCUGUAGUUUGCAACCUAAAUAACCUGCAAUGAAGUGCCCUCGCUACGACACCACCAGAGUCUGCAACAUGGAGAAAAGUGCUGAUAACGUGGCUGCUGGUGAAGCCAAAGUGCCACAUGUCAAAGCUUCCCCUGUGAAAGAGCCCAUCCCCAUCAAACCCCAGUGUCCACCUGCAGGAGUGACCAGAUUGUUGUUCUCGCUCAACAACGACACCAGAGCGGUCAACAACAAGGAGAACAGCUCCGGCAGGGAGCACGACAGGACUCUGGAUGAAGGCCUUGAAGACAGUGGUUAUCUGUCUCUGCACAGCAGCCAGAUUGAUGAUCACCACGGGGACGAGGAGGAUGACCACAUCCAAAAGAGAACCGGAGCUACGCUGUUGCUCUCUGCGACACAACAGAGGACGAUAUCCCCACACAACUCUCCCUCCAAAUGUAACGCAGGCCACAGAGAGUCUGUGGUGGCAGCUUCCACUCCUGUGGAUCGUCCCAGGAGAAGAAUAUUGUCAUCUACACCCUCUGAUAGCCACAGUGACCCCAACCUGCCUAUACUGAAGUUCCAACGGGCGGUGUGUGAAGAGCUCGCCAAGAGCUAUCGGAAGAAUAAGAGGUACGACUGGAGCAUUGUCACUAAGGUGGCCGAGGAUCACCUUUUGGAUCGCGUGAUCGGAGGCCAGAUGGGACGGGAGUACGUCGACAUGUUUGUGUCUCUGCUGUCCAGGAACAUGAGAAGUAUCCUGAGCAACAUCCUGGCCCUGCUGGGAGACAUGGACCUCAUUAGCUGUAAGAAAGUGAGCAGGACGUGGAGGAGAAUCAUCUGUGAGGAUACCACAGCUAAGAACAGGUGUCAGCAGGCGGAGGAUGCACUCAGGGAGUCAAUGAGCUCUUUGAGACAAAAGGACUGUGGUCUGACAAGAGACGUGGCGGUGUCCAGGGUGGUGCUGUCCUGCAUGCAGACCCGGGCCUCAAGCACAGUAUCAUCAUCCUCCUCCUCCUCCUCCUCAUCAUCGUCCACAAGCUGCAGGGUCAACAGACGCAUUACUCUCUCUCAGAAGGGCAACACCCCCCCAUCCCAAUGUACACGCUUCAAUGAAUUUGUGCAGGCGGCCAGCAGCCUGAAGCAGCACGAGUCUCUACGUUCCUGCAAGCGCUGCGGUUCACCAGCGACGCAUUCAGCAGAGACCCAGCGGGCAAUGUGCACACGCAGUGACUGUCUCUUUGACUUCUGCACCUGCUGCCAAGAGACUUUCCACGGCUCGACCCCCUGCCGAACGGUGGAGUCCAGACCCCACUUAGUCACCUCCAAGGCGACCCCGAUCCUACCCGGCAGUGCUCGCAGCAAGAGGAACAUCAGACGCCUGUGACGGAGGUUUAAUGAGUUUUUAUUCACUGACAGUUUUAACUGUGGGGCGGGGGGGGGUCUUUCUCUGCACUGGCAGUGACUUGGACAGCGAAGCGCAGCCUGGGAGCGGCUUCUGUACGAGCACCAUAUAGUAUUACUCUCAAAGCUCUGGCUCUACACAACUGAAUCAACUGAGUAAAGCACUUGUUUACAACACAACUGGGACAAUCAACCAGAAAAGUGUCGUCUGGCUAAAACUGUUGUCGUCUGUGAGCGACAAACAAAUCUGAUGCCAAAAAAGAAAGAAAUAGAGCUUGAUAUGCUUUAUAUUGUAACAUUUUUAUCAUGUUUUAAAACGAAAUGGAUGUACAUUUAUCGUAUUGUCACUUUUAGAUGGUUUUGUACGUUUAUAUUUUCUUUUAAAUAAAUGUUGAAUGUCAGGAACUCUUUAAAUGUUCAGAUUUACUGUAUUUUCUGUAA